AUGAAAACUGAACCCACUGGAAAUGGGGGAUUAGCAGGCCUGAGCGCAAUUAAACUUCCGACGUCUUUCCCACUAGUUCCAGAGGCUCAACAGGAAUUAUCGAAAGUCAAUCUCUAUGAUACCCAGUUCAGAUCAAUGGUUUCUAGAUACACGGAUCAGCUAGAACAAACUGCCUCCAAGUUCAUCUCCAAUAAGCUAGAAAUGGAGGCACUCCAACUAAUCGAUGAUCCCUUGGAAAAGGUUAGAGAAAGUAUACAGAAAGAUUGUAAGAACCUCAUCGAUGAGUUCACCAGUUCUGGAAGAAAAAUCACUGAAGAAGAGUUAGAACGAUCAAGAUAUCAGGUGGCGCUGACUGCUAUCAAGGCGCAAAAAAGAAUCAACUACAGAGAAUCGGCUGAGGUCAGCUUGGAUAAUCUGGACGUGUUGAGAGAUCAAAGAGAGGAGAUUAGUUGUGCUGAUCAAUUAGAAUCGCUAUUGUCCACAUUGGAAGUUGAUUCAGCAACUUUUGAGACCGCAAACAACAGAUUACAACUGCUACAAGAACAUUUAUUUGUGACGCUGAAUCCUGAAUCUGAACUUCCAGAUGCAGAGGAUGACGACGUGGCAAUUUCAGGGGGUAAGGUUAGUCUAAUUUGUCCUAUAUCUAAACGGCCGAUGAAAAACCCCGUCAAGAUAACGGUGUGCGGCCACUGUUUCGAAAGAACUCAUAUUUUAGAGUUCUUGCAACAAUCUCAAGGUUCUGGCUUUUGUCCCGAGUGUAGAACGUUAUUCAAGAAGCAAGAUCUAAUUGACGAUGAUUUGAUGAAACUAAGAUUGGAGGCUCAUAAUAGAGACCUUCUAAUUCUACAAUACAGGGAGAAAAAGUCCAGCCAAAUUGGCAAGAAGGAAAAUGGAACAUAA